AUGCAAACAUACGCUUCAAAAACCAGUUUGGAUGAUACAACAACAUCAUCACGUAUUACAAAAACAAAUCAUACUCAUGUUAUAAUUCAAAAUAAUAAUGGUAAUAAAGAUCUUAUGAAAUAUAUCUUAUUACCUACAAAAAAUCUUGUUGAUUUUGGUCGACCAUUAAAAAUAAAUGAAGUAGUUACAUACAAGGUUGAUCAUAAAGGUCGUGGUACAAGUAGAGGAAAAAUAGUUUUAUUUGGUGAUGCAUCAGAAUUACCAACACAUGAAGAAAAUUCAAAUAAUCGUAUUUCAAAUGAAAACGGUAAAUCCUAUGAUUGGAAUAUCUUAACAAGUUCACCUGAAUUUGAAGCAACAGCAGAUUAUGAUCUGCAUAAUCAUAAUCUAAACAAGAAACAGGCAAUUCGUCAGAUAAAAAUGCCACAAAUAUUUGGUAGUGAUCCUUUUCAUAUUAUUUAG